AUGAAAGGCUACGAUCGGGAUGUUUGCAGGGCUCUACACAGUGUUGCAUCCGAAUGCGGCGUCUAUCUGUUUUUCGCACACCUGAGACCUGUCAACUCUGGUCCAGGACGACAUAGAUAUAACGUAGACGAGAGGGAUACGCACGCUAUUCAGAGAACUAUGUAUUCUCCUAACGGCAAACCGAUUGGCUUUGAGUACACGCAAAAACCCGAAGAAAUGUUGGAUCUGGAAGGUGACCUCGACAGCGACGACGAAAGGAGUUUCACUGAAGAAGAGGACGUUGAGGAUGCCUCCGAUUAUUACAUAACGGCUGCAUUUCUUGUCAAGAAGAAAAGCGUGCAUCGUUACAUGAGCCACAUCAGCCCAAAUAGCCCGAGCGGGUACUCGUUUGCAAACACCAAUACGGAUAACAUGGUAGAGAUGGUCGUCGAUGACACGCGCGACUUCAUGAAGAAUCAGGAUAUGGGCGAACACGCGAGACCCCUAAUACUCGAAGUUUUGCGAAAGGUUCUCGGCCCCAACGAGAACUCGCGGGUACUCACUCCUGUUGUCGUAAGAUGGGCUCUCAAGUUGAAGAACAUGAGUCUUUAUCAAAGUGCAAUGAUGGCGGCAGCAAAAAGUGGCGUUGAAGAUAUUCUUGAGAGCGCAAUCAAGACAGCAUGUGGCUUCGUCGAGCAUCAUUUCGGCGACGUCCCAGGGCAUAUUGAUUGGGAUAAAUGGAUGGAAAACGUUGCACCUAUGAACACUCUUGCAGAUGUGCACGUUACCAUACAAAACUUUACCUCCGUCUUCAAGAAAGAUGCAGUCAGAGACUCAUUUGUCAAGUGGGGAGACUCCAAGUUGACUGACAAACUUGACGCCCAAGCCAGCUUUGAGAUCAGUGAUUGGCCCUUCUUCGUUAAGAUCUUGGGGGGAAAGCACUGUAAAAGGGACUGGCUGAAGGCACGGUAUGAGUGA